AUGCUCAUUAACAACACUGCUUCUCUGGCAGUUGCCUUGUUUACUGGUGUGGCAACUGCUGCUUCAGUUCCGGCCUGGGAGGAUUGGGCACAUGGCCGAGUCCAACUCAAGAAUGUCAGCAUGCAUUUCCGUUAUGCUGGUAGUGGUCCUCCAUUACUUCUCGUACACGGAAAUCCUCAACACAGUAUCACCUGGCGUCUCUUAGGUCCUGCUAUGGCAGAACACUAUAUCGUCAUUGCCCCUGAUAAUCGUGGGAUGGGAGAUAGUAGUCUUGCUCCAAAUGCAGAUUAUACUGCGUCUUCUAUGGCUUCAGAUCUUGAGGGAUUGCUGUCUUUCCUCAACAUCAAUAAGACAUUUGUCUUCUCAUACGACAAGGGAGUCGGCGCAGGUGUAGCACUGGCCGCGAAGAAGCCUUCUCUGGUUCAAGCGUUAGCUGUCUCGGAGUACGCACUGCCAGGUUUCGGUUAUGAGAGCCUGUGGACUCCUCAAUAUGACUGGGAUGCAUAUGGCAACUGGGAAUUGGCGUGGUGGAGCGUGCCUGAGGCUGCCGAACGCUUUAUCCAAGGGCGUGUGUGUGAAGUUAUCGGAUGGUUCUUUUAUCAUACCUCAUAUUCAGGCGCAUCCUCAAUCCCGUUGUCUGCUGUGGAUGAGGUCGUUGACAGUAUCAACAAACCAGGCUUCCUCAGAAGCAUGCUAGGCCCCUUUGCUGCCUCUACUAUGGGAGCUGAUGCUGCAUUCUUUAAUUCUACCAUACGUCAGCAUCCCUUGCCAAUGCCGUUCCUAGGAUUGGGUGGUGAGGCAGGCACUGCAGCGAUAUUGCAUGAGCUGUGGCCACCGGUCGGAACCAACGUGGAGGUGGACAUUGUGCCUAAGGCUGGACACUUUCCAGCUGAUGAAAAUCCAGGUUGGGUUGCGCAACGCAUCAACAAGUUUUACAAUCCACACAAAAAGGGAGUCUCAGCAGUUGACCUGUCAUGGCUGACAGACAAGGUCACGCUAGUAUAA